UGCUCCACUCCAUCCCUUCGAAAGCAGGGUGAUGCAGGGUUGCCGGAGCUGCGGCAGCUUCACUGACCGAUAGCGUGACAAACACUCACUAAAAAGGCAGGAGGAAGGAGGAGGAGGAGACGCUGUGGAGGACGGGGAGGAGGAAGAGGAGGAGGAGGAGAGGGCAGGAGGAGGAAAGGAAGAAGAAAGACACCUCCGUCAAAAGGGACGGCGGCGGACAGGGGACGGAGAAAGGGGCGGAUGGAGAAGAGAAGAAGAGCCGAGGGUGUUGCGGCCAUGAUGUCGGACGCACCGUUGCAGAGGAACGGCAUGGCGACAGUACGGAUGUCGUGUGAGGAGGCUCAGCUCCACAAAGAGAGGCUGCAGGCCUUGGCGGAAAAGCGAAAACGUCAAACCGAGAUUGAAGACAAGAGAAGGCAGCUUGAUGAUUUGGUUUUGCAGCUACAACAUCUCAAGUCCAAAGCCAUGCGGGAGCGAUGGCUCCUCCAGGGAAUGGCAGCAGAACAAGAGGAGGCACGGCGGAAGCAGCUGCAACUGGACGAGGAGCACGGGAAGAGGCUGGAAGACCUUAUACAGAGGCUGGAAUCUGAAAUCAGUACGCUUGAGAGUGAGGAAUCUCUGAUCUCAGCUAAAGAGCGGGCUUUACGGGAACGCCUCAAGGAGACGGAACUCUCAAUAGAAGACCUGCAGAAGAGUCUGAUGGCCCAUGAUGGAGUGGAGGCCACCGACUGUACAUCCGUUCCUCUCUCGGGCGGCGCGGAUCUCGAUCGCGAGCAACUAUCCCUGGCCACGCAGCCCCGGAGCAGCCCACCUGCGCCUGGAGAGAAGGCAGCACCGAGACCCGCAAUGUUUGCCAUGGAGAUCAACGUGCAGCACGACCCUCAGACCGGCGAACAGCGCAUCCUGUCAGCGAACCGCAUGAACCCGUCAGAAGCGGGCUCGCGCGGUGUCAAGAUCUAUGACGACGGCAGGAAAGUCGUCUACGAAGUCACGACCUGUGGGGGGGUGUCCACGACCUCGGUGGAGAACGGGUGGAGCUCCUCGCAGGUCGACCAGCUAAUCCAGAGAGCGGCUAGAUCUGGCGGAGGGGGAGAUGAAAGGAGGGCUCAGGUAUUAGUUACCCCCGCUGCCCCACAUGCCUAUGCCUCGCCGACAGCUACGGAUGAUCUGUCCCCACCAUCCUGCGCCCCGCCCUCCAUCCCAUCGAGCCCGCCUGCCCAGGUCACCCUGCACAGAGAGACUCAGCUCGGCAUGAUGCCCCCAUCCUCGGCUCCUAUCGUGACGCAGCCUGGCCCGUCAGCCCAGCCGGGACCAGAAGUUUGCUCCGUGCCCCGAGCCAGCACCGAGCAUCCGGUCACCAUGGUGUUCCUGGGAUACCAGGACCUGGAAGACACGAGUGAGAGCCGGCGGCUGCUCGGUUUCGACGGCGCCGUCAAGGCCGAGGUGGUGCUGAUCGAUGAAGAUGACGAGAAGUCCCUCAGGGAGAAGACGGUCACCGACCUGUCCAUCAUCGACGGCACGGCGGCCGACCUCGUGUCGGGGCGGCCGGUCACAUCCGAGGCCGCCAGUACAGAACUCUCGUCGGACGGCCGUGAGCACGACAGCGCCGCCUCGCCACCGCCAAACCCCGAAGCCAACAAAGCCCCGCCUCCCGGUCUCACCCCUGCCACAGACUGUGGGGUUAUCAGAACAACAACAAACGGACAUCAGGUGGAGAUGCCGAGUAGAUAUCCUCACACUGCCAUGAAAUCGUGGCAGGCACCCGAGGAUGUCAGUGGUGCAAUACCUAAAGAGCGAGCCUUAAAGAGUGUUACUUUCCAAGAAUCAGUCAGCAUCAUCACUGACGGACCGCUCAUUAUGGAAGUGGAGAGCCAGCAGAUUCAGCAUGGCUGCCUCAGCAGAUCAAGUGUGCAGGGCCAAAGUCCCGUCGAGCUGAAGACAGUGACAUCCGACAGUGAUGUCGAGCAGGAGAUCCGCUACCUGGAUCAGGUACUGGAUGCAGCCUCAGAAACACAUAGUAAUGGAAACUCCUCCCCAUCUGCAUACACCAAACCCAUCAGCGUAGAUGGAAUGUACUCGUCUGUGUGUGUGUCCAAUUCCUCUCCUGGUUGUCAUCAGCCAAUCUUUGUGGAGGGGCAAAGACAAACCACCUUCCUACAUCAGGAUGAAUCCAGUGCAAAAACCAAUGGGCAUAUGCCAACGGAGGAACUGAGCCACAGCGGUGCAAAAUUUGAGCUCAGAGCUUUCCAGGAGGAAAGAAGGCCGGCAAAACUUUACACCCCAGGAGAAGAGCAGCACGUCAGAGUGACGAGGAGGCGAAAUCCAGAUGAGGUCCAGGAGUUGGAGCGUGAGCGUCAAGAGCUGAUCCGAGACCAGGCAGUGAAGAAAAACCCUGGCAUCGCUCAACGUUGGUGGAACCCUCCACAGGAGGUUCCUUUGGAGGAGCAACUGGACCCCGAACAGCUCGAGUCUCUCCGAAAAUACCAAGAGAGAAAAACGCAGAAGCAGAAUUCAUCUUAUUCAUACACACAGCCCCAAGUUACUGGACCUCCCACGCUGGUGACUUUUGACCCAGAGUUAAUCAGGAAGGAAGACAUUGUGGAAAACAAGAUUGACUUCUCAUCUGCCAGAAAGCAAUUCCUGCAAGCGGAAGUGACAAAGAAUUCCAUAGCUCCUCACAUAUACUCUGCCAGACCCUUUUCCAAGUCCAACUAUGGGAACAGCAACACUGUUCCAGAAACAGGAGAGUGUCAUGUGACUUGGUCUGAUGAAGGCAUUGCAGGAGAAUUUACCAGUGUUCGUGCUUUCAUGACAAAUGUAAGUGAUGAAGAGGAAGGGAAGAGCCAGAUACGCCAAGGCUAUCACCCCGAGGAGUCAGACUCGGGACUGGAAGAGUUAUCAGUUCGCUCUCAGGACACAACAGUGUUUAGCUUGGAUAGCGUUUCAGACAGUGGGGCCUCACUUCCACCGACACCGCUACCACUUACCCCAGUGUCACCGUCUACUCCUCAGCCCACUACGCCAGUCAACGGGCGAACCACUGGCAGUGCAGCGGAGCAUGAGCUUGAAUACCAAGCAGAAGUCCUUGUCCAAAAUGUGAUCCAAAAUGCCCUCUCGACAAAUGGAGAUGACUGGCAGUCAUCUCUCCCGAACUUAGAUUCUUCACAGAUGAGCAGCCCUGUGUCUUCUCCCUCCGCUUCAACAAGUAGUCCAGUGCCAGUAUCUUCCUCCCCUAUGUCUUUUGGGGAAACUGACCAUCUACAGUCAGCUGUCCCCGCCACAGCUGCUACAUCUGAGGAACAGGUUGCUUUCCAAGAGAAGCCAACAAAAACACAACAGCAACAGUCAACCUCAUCCAGUCCGACUCAGUCAUCGCAAUCCUCUCCAACUCCUUCUCAGCCUAUUUCUCCACCACAAAGACCCAAAGUGGGAGGACCGAGGAUCAAAAUCCAGUCUUCUUACACGAGAGCACUUGCUUCCUCGGCCCCAGUUGCUGCGCCGGAUCCUUGCCCUGUGAACACGGCCAAUGUACCCAGGCCAGCCACAGUCUGCCGCCCCCCUUCUCCUCCAAGUCCUGAAAAGUCAGAGUUCAGCUACUUCAGUAAGUAUUCCGAAGCGGCUGAGCUGCGUAGCACAGCAGCGGCAACAAAAGGCCCUGAGGUGGAAGUGGCAAGCGGACCAUUCCGCCUUCGCUCCAAGAAACAGCAUACGUUGUCCAUGAUUGAGGAAGAGAUUCGAGCAGCUCAGCAGAGAGAGGAAGAAUUGAAGAAACAGAGAGAAGCGCAACCUUCUGCCAUUCCUCAAAUUCCUGCAAGAACGGGAGUACGGAAAACCACCAUAUCCCCGGCAGACAAGUUGAAGAGCAACAGCUUGCCAACAAGACUCACACUGACGUCAAGGACAGCACCAGGAAAGAUCGAGAAGGUUCGACCUGCUCCGCCUGUCUCACCCUCGCCGUCAGAAGGAGCGCUAUCUGACGCCGGCAGUGAGGAUUCCGGAGGAUCUCGGCCCAAAAACUUCAUGCAGACACUCAUGGAAGACUAUGAAACACACAAAGUGAAGAGGAGGGAGAAAAUGGAGGACAACAGCUAUGCCCGUUUGUUGCUGGCUAACGAGGUAACCACUGAGGUCUUGGAGGCCACUCGCAUCACCCGGAGGAAAAGCGACAUGGCGCUUAAAUGGGAAGCCGGAAUCUACGCCAAUGAGGAUGGUGAAGAGGAGGAAGAAGAGGAGGAAGAGUGAAAGUAGGAUGGGAAGGAAAAAAGACAAGCAGUGGAAGCAGUAUUUGUUUUAUUCUUAGUGUUCUGAUGAUCAAUUCUGGUCUGACCAGUGGAGCUCAAUGAGGAAGUGUAUCAAUUUCUGGACGGGGAUUCUGCAAGUGUAACAGAAUGUUGGUGAUGCGAGAGCAUGAGACGAAAAGAGGUGGAUGCAAAAGACAAUUUGCAUUCAAGAUGCAAGAAGGAAUCGUGGAUAUGUCAAUUUUCUUUUGAAAGGUUGCCUGAAAGUCACUGAAGGUUUUGUGUGCUUGACAGCCACCAAUUAUUCGCUGAAUAUGUUUAAAUAUGAGUCCUGCAUGUUCGUGAGGCCUCAUAUAUAAACGCAGCCUCAUCAAUAUACGGGGAGGCUGCGUUUCCAAGAUUUGCAGCCGUCGACAGCCGUUCAGGCAGCCACGUUCCAUCAUGAGAUACUCCACUGCCUGAGACUGGCGGAUACGAUUUCAUCUCCAAUCCCAUUUGGCCACAAUUUGAUUCAGAGAGUGAGCAAUAAGCAAAAAUAGAACGAAGGUUGUCAAUAUUCCGUCUCAUUUAGUGACUUUGUCUGUGUGAGGUUUUAACAGGAAGGGGAAAAAGUCAUGUUUGUGUAUCAGGAGUUUUUGAGCAGGCUGUAGAACAGUAUUGUACACCGUAUAUAUUGCGGCCCUCGAAAAUCACUUAUUUUACCAUUGGUUUGUUGACGGUGUCUUUUGUAGGCAGUUGUUGUAUCAUAUUAUGAGGUAGGAUUGUGUAUUUGACAGAUGCACAUUUAUUCCCAGUGUACUUAUUAUACUCGCGAGCUGACCACCGUGUGAUGGCAAAUGUUGAAAAGAAAGAAAAAGUGGUGAGAAAAAGAGAACCAGUUUGCCUCUUUAAGACAAUGAAUAUUCAUCACUCGACAGCAAAUCAUGAAACCGACUCGACAAUGAUCCGGGAUGAAUGUAAGUCCCGGCCGGCUACGUGUUCAAAAGAGUGAACGAGAGCACAAGGAAUGAAUUCUAUUCACAAGUGUUUAUACUUUAGUGUGUGUUUCUAUGCCACUUGAACUGAAAAGUAGCAGUAACGGUCUACUCUUCAGUCUUUUUUCAGAUUCCCACCCCCCCCCCCCCCCCAGCAUGCGAAUGUCAAGAGGAUAGUGAGAAUGCUUUUAAACCAAAAGGUCACCAUUUUAAUCUGCCACAGUGUCUUGCUCAAAGUGUCCUUUAGCUCGACACUGACCUGUCCGUACCCUCGACCUCACUCAACUCGAUCCUCAGCAAAACAUUCAAUGCAAACACAAACUGAGGUAGCGUGCUCACUAUGGUGAGAAUUGUGGUCAACUUAAACACAACACGGCCUGAUUGUAAUCAUAAUUAUGAUCACGUGUCUGGAAAUUAUUCUUUGUUUUAUCUGUUCUGUCAAACAACCAGGAUUGAAAGCAAAGAAUGUGCCGAGAUGUUUUCUCUCAAAAAAAAGGAAAAAAAAAAAAAAAGCUCUGAUGGAAAAGCUCCCUUAUUAUUGGUUUUAAACAUGAAAUAAUAUAUUUAAAUUAUGGAUCCCUUUUGCGGUAACGCUAAUGCAAUAUGACACAGGUGCAGGACAAGGGGCAAAAUGAAGCCUGUCAAGUGUUGACAAAGCUUUCUUAAAAAGUAGUUGAAAGACUUGUUGAGUUGGUGUGCUACAUAAAAAUCAAAAAUAAAAAGAAUGCACUCCGGGAUAAAUCUUUUGCAUUGCAUGGUAAUUUUAUUGGCUUAUUUAAAUGCACUCAGAGCAUCAGUUGCUUCGUACGACUGACUUUGAUGAAUAUGCGGCUUUUUCGUUUGAAUUCUUGAUGCAGAGAUGAUUUUAUUUAUCUUUUGAAAAGCUGGUAGAUUGGUUUUUACCCAUCCUGAGUCGCUUCAGUGUGUGACGAUGCAAUUUUAUGGUCGAGAUUAUAACCUCUGUCCUUAUGCAGUUAACCACUCGUAUGUUCAUAUUGAUAAUGUGCUCCACUUUAUAGCACGUGUACGGCUCACAGUUAUCCGCCUGUUAUACAUAUUAUAAAUAUUUUCUCAUUAAAUACAAAACCUGACAA